AUGGUGUUUCAAGAUCCAAAUACCAUAUCAGGCACAAACAGUGCCGAAGAUGUCGCAAUGGUCCGAAAGACCAUUGCCACAAUGACAGUCAUUGAUGAUCCUGGCGAUCCCGAUGUCAUGAUGCUUCCGGAAUUGGGAAUGAGCAGCAGCAGCUCCACAGAAAUAGAUGCAGAUACUGAACGUGAUGAUGAAAGUAGCAACCUGAGAAAUACCAAUGGUGUCCAUACACGAGAGACCAUGGACGAUGGUGGCAGUGGUGCUGGUGCUGCUGGUGUACUACAAGAAGAACUAGAAUUUGAGGAAACGAGGACCCAACAUACCCGAAAUACCACAGCACACACUCGAGCAGAAUCUGCCCAUACUCGUGAAUCCACUCACAGUCGAGCGACUAUGCAAACAAAGGAGACUACACAAACAAAACAAACCACGCAGACACAAGAGACCUAUCAGACCUAUCAUACACAAGGAGACGAGAGCGCGUUUACAUUUGAAACCUUUGCUUCACAAGGAUGUGAAACCAUUGGCGAUGCUUCCGUCGAAAUGAAGAAUGCCCUUAUUUACAUUCAAGAAUCUGUUGGAAAGUGUUUCGGUGUAGAUAUUUCUUCCGAAGUCCAGGCAACCAUUGGAGAAGUCGAGCAGACCACUGCUGAAAUUGUCGAAGACCGCAAGGAAAUUUGGCAUGUUCUCUUGGAUCAAGUGGAAGAUCAAAUGAUAGAGCAGUUGGGAGAUCACUGGUUGGAACCCGGUGAAGAAGAAAUUAAGCGACGCGGACGCGCUGCUGCCAAGGCCUCGGCAGCGCGACGAAAAAAGAAGGGACACCAAAAUGCUACUACUGCUACUGCUACGACUACCACUACCACUACUAGAACUAGUACUAGUGUUGGUGGCAAAGGUAGUAAUGGUCGAUCACGAAGCAAGUCACAAAAGAAACGACGUGAUGAGACUCGUGAUGAUGUCGUUCACGCCCAAAAAGAUAUCAACAACAAGCGACCUAGUAGAGAACGAGUUAGUCGAUCACGAAGCAAGCCCAAACAACGACGCGAGGAUCCUACCCGAACGCGAAGUAAGCCACGACAACUUAAUGUUGGAGAGAUUGUGGAUGGUGAUCUUCUUGUGGUUGACGAUGACGAAGUUGAAAAGAGUAUGCUUUCCGAGAUUGAAGGAGCUGGCUCGAUGGAUGGAGUUCCCUCGUAUGACUCUCCAGUUGGCGAGCGAAGCGUCCUCUACUUUGCUGCGUAA